AUGAUGGUCCCGACGCGACUCCUUGAAGUAGUGGCUCUGUGUGUGGCCAUGAUAGCGGCCAUGGCUGUCACUCGCACGCGCUCGGAGCGUCGCAAGCGGCAGCAGUUUGCUCUGCAGCAGCCGCUCGUGAUUUCCCAGAGCGAACUAGAGCUGGUCAAGGACAUUGUCUACAUCAACAAGUCGACGGACUCGAGCAGCAGUUUCCGACCCGGACGCUCGAGUCCGCUACUGAACGAAGAGGGAAACCAGAUACUCGUCGUUGGAGUGUGUGGAGGCUCCGGGUCCGGCAAGACGACGCUCUCGCGCGCCAUCAUGGCCGAGUUUGGUGCUGAUCGCGUGUCGUACCUCUCGCACGAUUACUACUACAAGGACUUGGCUCAUCUCACGAUGGAACAGCGUGCCAAACACAACUUUGACCACCCAGACGCACUCGAGACGGAUCUUAUGAUUACCCACUUGAGAAAGCUGCGUGCUGGCAAGAUCGUGGACGUGCCCGUCUACGAUUUCAGCACCCACUCGCGCUGCAAAGCGACAGCUUGUAUGAAGCCCAACAGCGUCGUGCUGGUCGAGGGGAUCUUGAUAUUUGCCGACCAGGAACUUGCAGACCUCAUGGACAUCAAGAUAUUUGUCGAAACUGCUGCAGACAUUCGUCUCGUGCGGCGCAUGCACCGCGACAUGAACGAGCGUGGUCGCACGGCUGCGUCGGUGAUGGAUCAGUAUAUGAAGACGGUGCGGCCCAUGCACAUGAUGUUCGUGGAGCAAUCGAAGCGGGUGGCGGACAUCAUCAUACCACACGGCGUCAACUCGGUUGCUCUCGACAUGAUCAUCUCCAAGCUCCACAGCUUCACUGCUGGCCAAAGUUCGACGGGCAGCAGCCGAUCUGGCAGCGAGCGCUCGGACUCGAUUGCUGAUGAAAAGGAUGUAGUCCGUUUUUGA